AUGUACAAUAAUAUGUAUCCUUAUUCAGGAUAUUCAAAUAAUAUUAAUACAAAUAAUCAACAACAGACAUCUCAACAAUCACCUAAUAAUAGACAACAACAACAACAACAGCUGCAACAACAACAACAACCAUUAUAUUUAAAUACUCCCUCAAAUCCUGCUUCUUAUUUUGGUAGAAAUUUAACUGGUUCAACAUCAUCUCAAACUUCAUCAAAUUCUUCAAAUUCAAGAGGUGUGCCUCCAUUAAGUCAUUCAAAUGUUCAAAUACCUCCACGUUCAAACUAUGGUAUUCAAUCAAUUAGUGGGCUAACCACUCAUACAUCAAAUUAUCAAUUAGGGAAUCAUAAUCAUAAUCAAUUAAAUCAACAACAACAAUUAAAUCCAAAUCUUUAUUAUAACCCAACUUCAAAUCAUCAAUCUCAUAAUUCAACUCCUCAAAUUUAUAAUAAUCAAUUACAUAAUACUGGUAAUGGUAAUGAUCAUCCACAACAAUUAGAUCCUAAACAAUUACAAAAAUUUACAACUCAACAAACUCAACAAACUCAGCAAACUCAAGCUCAACAUUAUCCUCAAUAUUAUCAACAAUUACAACAACAACAUCUCCAACAACAGCAGCAACAUCGACAACAACAGCAGCAACAACAGCACCAUCAUCAACAACAUACUCCACAACAACAGACUCCACAACAACAUAGUUAUUCUACUACUCCACAACAACAUAACCUCACUCAUCAACAACAACCACAACAGCAACAACCACAACAGCAGUCACAACAACCCAAGAGCUCACCACAAAUUACUCAACAACCAGCAAAACCAGAAGCUCCUAAAUCUGAUCAACCAAUAAAAAAACCAAGAAAACCAAGAGCCACUAAAAAGGAAAUGGAAGAGAAAAGAAGAUUAUUAUUAGAAAAAGAAAAAAUCAGAUUACAACAAGAACAACAAAAUCCUCAAUCAUCAACAUCAUCAGCAGCCAAAUCAAAUAUUAGUCCAAUUGUAAAAGAAACUUCAAUAACUGAUUCAAAUGGUAAAAAAAGAAGAGGUCGUCCAAAAAAAUUUAUAUUAGAUCCAUCAACUAAUAAAAUGAUUGAUUCAACUCAUCCAAAUUUUAAACAUUUAAAUAAAAUAAUAAGAGAUAAUAAUGUGGGAAGUACUAUUGAGCCAACUAAUAUUACUAAUAAUUCUGCUACUACCACCACCAAUACAACUAAUUCCAAAAAUCAUCCAACUUCUGUAACUAAUGUAAAUGAUGCUGAAUUUCAACAACUUUUGAAAAAAAAAGAUAGAAGAGGUAGACCAAGAAAAUUUCCUGUUGAACAAACUGGUAUUACUAUAAAGGGAGUUAAAAUCAAUGGUGGAGUUAAGAAGUAA